AUGGGAUUGCAUUUCAAUCAGGAGAUCUUGCAGACGGCAUCCGCGGCCAUCGGCGCUGGGAACACCAAAGUCCACGUGGGGCCGCUGGAGAUCGAUUCCUCGGGUGUGGUGGUGAAGCCCAAGUUCAACCUGGGUAUCGCCGGAGGCUCCAUCUAUGCCCUGGCUGGGGUGAGGGAUGUUCGCGACGGUAUUGCUGCAGAGACCUUGGCCAUGUAUGUGAAGUCUUACGCCUCUUCUGGCAAGACCCUGGUGGAGUUUCUGAGGCAGAUCAAGGCGCAGGAGCCCCUGCCAGUGCUGGACGACAUCAUCGCGUCGUUGCCGCAGAUCGCUUCGCAGGUGGUGGAGACAGCAGGAGCAGACAUCCAGAAGGAGGAUGUGCUGGGGGUGGAGGGGGUGGUCUACAUUUACGUGGGUGCCGGGGUGACUGCUGGGGUCUACCUGGGCUGGGUGGACACAUCUGGGUACCGCAUGAUUGGCGCAGAGGGCACCAUAGCCACCGGCGCCGGCUUGGGCGUGACGUUAAGGGCCGGCAUGAACGAGGACAAGAUGGCGGUGAGGGUGGUGGCGUACCUCAGCAAUGUGGGCUUCGACAUCAUCGUGAAAUAUCCCCAGCCCCAGGGCAAGUGAAAGAAGAAAGAGUCCUACGAGUUCCACAUGCACGACGAUCCAGGACGAGCCAAAGUGUGCUUGCCCAGAAAACCCCGAAGGGGUUGGACCCUAGACCAUCUUCCUUGUACAGGCAUCUCAGCCACUGGUAAAACUGCAGCGUUGGUUCGGCAAUGACACUUUGCCGAACUCUCGAACUGUAGAAUUUCUAGAUCUGGCUUGGUGACUGGCAAGUGAGGAUUCGCGCGCCCGGAGGUGCAUG